UGACGAUCCGAUGGAGAGCGGCGGAGAGCCGAUGGACACGGACGACGAGGAUGGCGGCGGCGGCGGCGGGUUGCGCGCUCUGUGGGGAGGAGGGCCGGCCCCAGUGCAGCUGCGGCGGCUGAGCGAGGCGCUGCGAGGGCUGCGCUGGAUGCCGCUGGCGGAGGCGUCGGUGUCGGCGAUGCUUCAGGCGCACCUGCGGCUCUCCCUGCGCGAGCGAUGCGCCGGCAGGUUCGAGUCGUGUGUGAUGGAGCGGCAGCUCGACUGGAUCGACGCCUCGGUGCUGCCCUGGGUGUCUGCGGCGCUCGAGUCCGGCGCGGACCAGUGGCGAGCGCGCGAUUUGCUGACGGCGGCGUCGGCGCCGCUGAAGCAGUGGCGCGCGCGGCUGCGUUUCUUCUUCAUGCAGUCCCUCGCGGGCAUGCGGAUCGCGGAGCUCUUCGACAUUCUGGUCGACUUCCCGGACUCGACGCCAGCGCUGGACGACCUGCACGCUUGCCUGCACCACACGCACCAGCACGCAGACAUCGUGCAGGGGCUCGGCGAGGCGCUCGAAAAGCGGCUGCUCAAGCCGGGUGCCGAGACGCACCAGAUUUUAGAGGUCUACAUUGGCAUGAUCCGCGCGCUCCGGCGGCUAGACCCGUCCGGCCUCACGCUGGACGCCGUCUCGGAGCGCGUGCGCGCCUACCUCAAGCUUAGGCCCGACACUGUCAAGCAGAUCGUCACCACGCUGACCGACCCCGACUCGUCGGACUUGCUCGAGCCGGUCGGAGGCGGCGCGGCGGCAGAGGUUGUGCAGGAGGCGGCGGCCGACGGCGACAUGGCGCCCGAUCCGGACGAGAGCCGCGGCGACGAGGCCGCCAUGCUCAAGUGGGAGCCGGAGCCUGUCACCGCCGACGGAGCCUCCUCGGGCGGCGCGGCGGCGCGGCGCGCGCCAGACGUCCUCGCGAUCCUCGUGCAGAUCUACGGCUCCAAGGCGACGUUCGUCAACGAGUUCCGCAAGAUGCUGUCCGAGAAGCUGCUCGCGUCUGCGUCGCACGACACAGAGAAGGAGGUGCGCAAUCUCGAGCUCCUCAAGAAGCGGUUCGGGGACGCCGCGCUCUCGGCGUGCGAGGUCAUGCUCACCGACGUGGCCGAGUCGCGCCGCAUUUCGCGCUCGAUCCAGCAGCACUUCGGAGGCGUCUCUGGCGGAGGCGAGGGCGCCACGCUGAUCGACGCGACCGUCGUCUCGCGCCUGUGCUGGCCGAGCCUGCCCACGGACACUUUCACGCUGCCCGCCGGCGUGAAGAAGGAGAUGGCGCGCUUCGAGAAGCAGUUCGCACACAUCAAGGCGCCGCGCAAGCUCGUGUGGAAGCCGUCCCUCGGAACCGUCACCCUCGACGUCACUUUCCCCGACGGCAGCGUCGGAGACGUGCAGUGCAAGCCGCUGCAAGCGACGAUCCUGCUCCGGUUCGGCGCGCAGCAGAGAUGGGCGCUGGCGGAUUUGGCGUCCGAGCUCGGCAUCGCCACCGACGUGGUUCGCAAGAACCUCUCGAUCUGGCUCAACCGCGGCUUCAUCUCCGAGGUGCGCGACGCGGGCGGCGGCGCAGUCUUCGAGGCGGCGACUUCUCUCGGCGCUGGCGACGAGUCGAGGCACGACGCGGGCGAGGACGAGGACGGCGACGCGGUGGCCAGCUUGGCGGAGGAGCAGCGCAUCGCCGAGAUGAAGGUGUACGAGCAGUACGUGAUCGGCAUGCUGACCAACCUCGAGUCCCUGCCCGUGCAGCGGAUCCACAACAUGCUCAAGAUGUUUGUGCCCGCGAGCGGCGGCGACCGAGGCUACGAUUGCUCCGAGCAGGAGCUGCAGCGCUUCCUGAUGCACAUGGUCGAGGAGGCCAAGCUCGAGCACUCGGCGGGCCAGUACCGCAUCGCCGGCCGGCACUGAGCUGCUGCAAGCGGGAGCAUCGAGGCGGUCGUUUGGCCGUCGCGGCGUCGCCGCGUACGUUCGACGGCCCUGGAAUCGGCCUGGCGAUCGGAGGGGCUGCUGCCGGGUAAGGCGGUGAGCAUGGUGCGGCCGCGGGAACUGUCGCACAGCACACGUCGCCUUCGUAGGACGUAGCUUGAUCCAUUCUCGCUCGA